UAAAAAUGUCAUACUCCAGCCAAGUAUCUACUAUAAACACACCUGACGUUUCAGCAGGCUUCAUCGACUUUUUAGCGAAUGGCGAGUUUGAUGAAAUGCUAUCAAAUACACCAAGACGUAUGUUUUAUAAUAAUCUAUUAAGCCAAGGUGAAAAUAUUUCUGUUAAAAAAACUAGAAACGAUGUAAAACAUAUAUCGGAUGAUUGUGUUAAUCAACAACAGACCAAUGAUAAACCAAAUGAUAUCGAUCCAUGGGGUGGCGAAGAUUCAGAUAAUAUAUGUCUUGAAGCCCUUGAUAAAUAUAUUUGGGGUGAAGAAUACACAGAUGAUGAGAAAAUGUUGUUAAGAGCUUGUAUUGAAUCUAAUACCUAACACGUAUUACAUAUAUAUAUAUGAAAAAUAUAACUCUUGAUUAUUCUAUAACUUUAUUUUAUUUUUAUUUUUUUAAUCACAAAUCUUCGUCGUCGUCUGUUGAAAUAACGGGCGAAAACGUUUCAGACAUUUCGUCGUCACUCAAAUCUUCGUCAGUUGGCAUUUCUUCAU